AUGAAGGGCAGACAAGGCUCAGAAUACGGCGCCUCGCUUCAGGGCCGUCGCAACAAUAGCGCAAACGGCAGCGACAACUCCGCCCACCGCGGCGCGCGCCCCUUUUCUUCUCAGCGGUGCGGCGGCGGCGCCCCGUCCCGCUCGUGGUCACACAAACGCAAGGCAACGCGCCCCAGCGUCUCUGUCGAGGAUCGCACGACGCAGCCUAUCAAGCACGUCAUUCCGCUUGACCUUUCGUUCGGCAACUUCGAGUUCCAAGAGAUGAAGAGCCUCGGUAAGCGCGGUGGUGGCGUGCGUGAGCUAUCUUCGCUGCUGCGGCAGGCGCGUCGCAAAGCCGCUACGCACGCGGGUAUGCUUCACACGCAACAAGGCGCCAAGAUGCGUAGCGAGGACCUUCUCUCCGCAGCAGUGCAGCGAUCAGCUGGCAUGAAGGUGAAGGACGACCCGCACCUCAUCGCCAAGGCUCUCGCGAAGCACCGCAGAACGAAGCGGCAGUCAGCGAAGCGCUGGGCAAAGCGCAUCAAGCACCUGGAGGACUCAGUAGAGAACGUUGUGAAGGACCGGUCCAUUCAGAAGCAAACAAUGAAGGCGCGUAAGGAGUCCACGGCCCGCGCAAAGGAGAAGAGACGCGAGGCUACCGGUGGCAACAGUGCCGGUCGCGGAGGCGGCGCCAGCAAGGAGGCCGGCGGUGGCGGCGGCAAAAGUGUGGGGGCAAAGAAGCAAAAGAGCUUUGGAGGGAAGCAGCAGCGCAGGGGCGGUAGCGGCGGUAGAAGGAAGCGCUGA